AUGCCACCGCCUCGAUUCAACUUCCCACCGGAGAGUUAUUCGGCCGUUUAUACCAGCGACGUGACGAGCGCGAAUGCGGUGAACUGCAAAUUAACAAGAGGCGAGGCUGAGAAUAUUGUGUCACCAGCUUCGAGUGUUAACACAUCUCCGGUAUCCAUUUUCGGCUGUUUUCAAUGUGCUUUUUCUAACAACAUCAAGGCUAUAAGAAAGCAGAAGCAUUCUAGGAAAACAGAGGUAAGUUUU